AUGAUACACCCAUUCCAGCGUCAGAGCCCCUCCCGUGUAAGCUUUUUACUCCAAAAAAAGAAUCUCCAAAGUCGCGGAAUCCUUCGAUCAUACAACUCCAUUCAACGCAGCGAUAGUGAGACGAUAGAUAAGGAGGGUAUGACUCACGGGUCUGCAUCGCCGAUUGACGAAACAGCCCCAUUGGGCUUUAGUGAUGAUGGAAUUAUCCGUGUUAAAGACGCAAAGCGUAGUAUUGCUGCGAGGAAGGCCAAAGAAGCUGAAAGGGAGGAAAAACGGGCUACGAGGGAAUGGAAGAGAAAGUACGGUCCUCCUACCACGCCGCGUAUUGAUGAAGCUCAAAUGCAGGCAGAGGCUAUGCCUUUGUAUAACGAGGGGGGUGAGGUUAUUGUUUUUAUUGAUAAGUUUUGA